GGCUGUGAAGUCUACUCGUCCCUUAGGACAUCAGAGGAGCUGGCAGAGUGGCUGUCAGACUUACCCAAGAGCCAUGGCAAAGAGUGGACUUGUAAUUUACAUCCUGGUUAUCACCUUACUCCUGGACCAGACCACCAGUCACACGUCCAAGUUCAAAGCCAGGAAGCACAGCAAACGCCGAGUGAAAGAAAAUGAUGGAGACCUGAAGACUCAAGUAGAAAAGCUCUGGAGAGAGGUCAAUGUCCUGAAGGAAAUUCAAGCCCUGCAGACAGUCUGUCUCCGAGGCACAAAAGUUCACAAGAAGUGCUACCUUGCUUCAGAAGGCUUGAAGCACUUCCACGAAGCUAAUGAAGACUGCAUUUCCAAGGGAGGGACCCUGGUUAUCCCCAGAAGCUCUGAUGAAAUCAACGCCCUCCGAGACUAUGGUAAAAGGAGCCUGCCGGGUGUCAAUGACUUUUGGCUAGGCAUCAACGACAUGGUCACAGAAGGCAAGUUUGUUGACGUCAAUGGAAUUGCCAUCUCCUUCCUCAACUGGGACAGUGCACAGCCUAACGGUGGCAAGCGGGAAAAUUGUGCCCUCUUCUCCCAGUCAGCUCAGGGCAAAUGGAGUGAUGAGGUCUGUCGUAGCAGCAAGAGGUACAUAUGUGAGUUCAUCAUCCCUUAAUUGACCCUCCUCGGAUACAUCUUCCAGACAAGAUCAGUCAUGACUUAUAGGCUGAUGUUUCCCAAGAAUGAGUCAAAAUUAUCACAUGAGAGGCUGUGUCCAUAGGAACACAAGAGUCAGCCAAUGUUGCUACCACUUUUUAUUGUGAUUUUGCCCCACGCCAUGGGGUAUGAGGGAUCAGAUAAUAAGGAUCCAGCCAUGUGCACACUGUUAAAGCAGCUUCUGCAAAACAGGCUAUCAGACGUUUCUCGUUCCUAGUCCCUCUCAUUUGUAUGGACCAAGUGCGUUUUAAAAGUACAAUGGCCAAAUGCAAGCUUAGGCGACCUGGAAGAUUUUUCCCUUAAAAGUUUAGUAUAUAUUUGACUGCUGAGAAUUCUCUAAACCAGAGAUUCUAGGUGCUAUAUAUAUAAUCCAGAAACCUUUCAGUCUGAUGCUCAAUCUGUUCCAUCCUAGGGAUAGUAUCUUAUUAGUCCAUCAGCCUUUCUUUGAGAAGCAGCAUCCCCUGGUGGGACUUGCAUCUUCUCCACCUAAGACAUGACUGUCUCAGACAGGUUCUGAUUAAACUCUGUUUUCUUCAAACCCACCCCAUCCCCAUCUCCCUGGCAUAUACACAUCUCCUUUUUGGAAGUUCCCAGUUAAGAUCUGAAAGGAAAGAUAAAGCAGUAAUUUGGUCAAUUUUUACUCCCAGCAUUAUGUUACAAUUUCCGACUUGAAUGGGUACCCCUAAGGCAGAACAGAGCCGCAGAUUGUAUGGAAAAGAAAUAACAACAAGAACAAAAAGUCUGCUUUCCCCUGCUUUAGCAUUUUUAUCCCCCUUUAUGAAAUCAAGGGUGGACACUACAUAUGUUAAUUUUCUUUUUAAAAAACAUACUUUACAUACAUAUCUAUUAACUAUCUUAUAUUUAAUUCUAUUAGGAACUACCUGUAUUUGGAGGUUGAAAAUUGGAUUUAAAUAACAUUAUUUUGGAGUCACACAUCUGUGCUAUUUUUCAUUCUGCCGAAUGCUGUUCCCAUUAAAUUGUUCACCUAGAUUGUGUAGAAUAAUGUCACGGCUUACCAUGAAAUUACAAAUUUAAGACUUCGGGGAAAUGGGCUUUUUAAAGGCAAACAAUUCUAAGUAUAUUCUGUGCUUUAAAUAAAUGUCUUUUUCCCCUCUUCCUUAAAUGUUGAAUGUGUUUUGGGAACAAAAUCCUUCUCUAUACACUCUAAUUACAUGUGCUUGGAAUUAAGUUUUAGUU